AUGGAGCAUCUCUUCAAUUCUGAACGGCAGUUUAUUGACACUGUUGAUGAAGGGGAAGUUGGACACUUACGAGAAUGUAGUUCGUUAAAAUUUUCAGUCUACUUUAAUUUUCGUAGUCGUUACAGUUUGUAACAACUGCUUAACGUCCGACCACACGUCUUAGAGUGAAAGUCGCUCAGACACGUGUAUCUUAAAUACAAUUUAGGGAGGUGGAUAAGCAUCCGUGAUGAUUAUGACCGAACAGUUCUUCAUUUAGGUGUUGAAAAACAGUUAAUCACACUGACUGAAUGCUUGUUAGCCAGUGGUGCAGAAGUGAAUGCAUUAGAAGGAAAUGGUGCGACGCCAUUACUGAUUGCUGUGCUUACUAAGCAGUGUAAUAUGGUUCAAUUACUUUUAAAGUAUGGGGCACGACCAGUUGGUACAUUUCCUGGAACCAUCCCUUCGCUUUUGCAGGCUGCUCAAGCAAUGGAAAAUGAAGAAAUUGUCAGAGUUAUCUCACAUGUGGCCAUUGAAACUACUUCAUUGAACAAACAUUUGAAAAAAGAACUGUUGGGUGUAUUGGAAACAAGUAAUACCAUUUGUUCAGAGAUAGAAACGUGUCAGGACGAGAAAGUACCUACUAGUGAAACAACUGUGCAAGUUACAAGUGGUAGAAACACUGUGAUUUCUAUUGGUGAUGUUAAGACAACUGUCACAACAAGAGGCUUAAAGAAUAGGUGUCCAGAUGAAUUUGGAAAGUUUUCAGAGACACCUGGUGACUUCCAUUGUAUUGCAUAUUGUAUGGAAUCAAUAGCAGCUCUAUAUGGGCCCGGAGGUUUUUAUUACAUUGCAUCUCAUGUAUUAAAGAGACUGAAAGUGACUCCAGAAUCUUUCCAGCAUGCUUUCAAGGAAGAGAAUUAUGAGAGAAACUUUGAAUUUUUAAAGGAUAUGUUCUUUGGUCUUGUUAUAGCUUUCUUCCAUGAAUUCAAGAAAAGUGAGUUCUUUCCAACAGCCGACUGCAUGGCUGAUUGGCUGAAGGCCCACCAGAAUCUGAACACUUUGCUUUUAACGCGUUUGAAGGACUGGAAACAAGAAAUGAGUAAAGAUUGUACUUUCAAGUACUACAGUGACUUUGUUCUCUAUUAUGGUCCGCUCCUCUUAGUUUACCAGUCAGCAGUCCGUAACUGCCAGGGUAGUGUUCGUGAAGCAUGUUGGAUGCAGUGGCUGCCGAUAUUUGCUGCCUUGAUUAAGAAGAAUUAUCAUGAUGAGGCCUUUGUGCAUAUUGUCAAUUUUUCAGCUUUGUGGCCCAUUGCAUUAAGACCAAUGUUUCGCAACAAUUGUGCAGUUUCGCUGAGAGAAGGGGCUAGUGGUCACUGUGUAGCUCUUGACGAAUUUGUUGAAAUGUGCAUGGUGAAACCUCUGAAAGUAUACGCCCAGAAACAAACAACCAUGGCAAUGCUCCAGAAGGUAAAAAUGACCAUCCAGUUAUCUGAGCAUGUAAAAAGAGCUUACAGGAAUGGAUUUGACCUACAUCGCACCUCCAAACAUUCACAUCCAGGACUCCCUUCCAGAUAG